AUGGCCGCUGCUGCUGGAUCAGGCAUGCCGUCACAGCACCGACUCGUCAACUUCUUCCUCGACGGAUACUCUCGCUACACUUUCAUCCUCGAUCUCGAGCUGGAUCUGUCGGAUCCGGCACUGUCCAAGAUCUUCCCGCUCACAGGAGUUCCGCUAGCGGGCUCGUGGGCGUGCGGAUGCCGGCGGUCGGGCGAGGAUGUGCACGUAUCCAUCUCGUGGGGCGAGUUGUCGAUGGGCAGCUUCGGCCAACGCGUGUCGUGCAGACUCCAGCUCUACUGGCUCGACGAGUCAGCAGUCCCGCAGUUGCUCGGCACUUAUCACACCGAGUAUGGUCCCGAGCCGAAACCUGACCCAGGAAGUCCGACGCGAGCUAGCUGCGGUCAAGGUAUGGCGCUCUCGCCGCUGGUCUUCCGUUCGGCGAUGUUCAAGCAGGAGCCAGUGCCCGCACUUUCGCCCACGCCUUACGACGUUCGUUUGGUCUUCCCAGCUUACGGCGCCGAGAUGUGGAUCGAGUCAGGCUUCCUGAGUCAGGCCUCGAGUUACUUCAAGACUCUCCUCUCGUCCGACUUCGCGGAGACCGCUGCAGUCACUACCAAGUACUCGGAGAUGCGCCUCACUCCCUCGACGUCGUCCGUCUCGCAGGACCGCCUCGCCUUGACUGCUUCGGGUACCAAACGCUUCAUCCGUAAGACGGGCGCCCUCAUCUCGCACAGCUCAAUGUCACGUGCGAAGGAGCAUGCGACGAUCAGCGAUCUCCGCACGGCAGCGUCCGAAGCCGACUUCGACUACUUCGACGACUCGGACGACGAGACCGACGAGCUGUACUUCGCUCACUAUCCACCUCAACAGCACCGUCUCGACGUGCUGCAGCUCGCCUACAAGGAGAUCAAGGUGACCAAGACUGCGUUCACGACCUAUCGAGCCGUCCUCGCCUGCCUGCGAACGGGCUACAUCACCUUUGCGUCGCUCUGGUCCACCUUCUUCUACAGUACGAGCGAACAGGCACAGUCGAGAAGGUCGUACAUCGAAGCGACCGUUGGGCGCGCGCCGCCCACUCACCCGUAUCCCGUCUCGCCCAAGUCCGCCUUCCGCCUCGCGCACCUCCUCGAGCUCGAGCCGCUCCAGCACCUCUGCCUUGCAAACCUCAAGGCGCAGCUCACUAUCAAGUGCGCGCCCUACGAGCUUUUUUCCGAGGUGUCCGUCUGCUACGACACUUGGCGCAAGGUCGUCCUCGAUUUCGUCGUCGACAACUGGGAUGCGGUCACAGGUUCCGCUGAAUGGGACAAGAUCAGAGGCGAGCUUGAGCGCGACGAGAUCGAGGGAGCGACAUCUAUCAUGCUCGAGCUCAUGCGGCGAGUGGGCAAGGCUGGUGCGUCUCGACUCCUUCCUCCUUUCCAGCCGUCCCUCUCGCUCAUGCUCGCUCUUGACAGUAUGAUUUCCUUCUGA